GGGACUCGACUCUCCUCUUUGUGCGCCCUGUCAUACCUCUCUCUCUGCUCUCCCUUUUGUCUGUGAAUUCUACCCUGUCAGAGGAAACUAUGGCUUCGUCUGUGAGGAGCUACACCGUGACCUCCAGAGGCAGUAGUGGUGGAGGUGGAGGUGGAGGUGUAGGUGUAGGUGGAGGUAGCUUCCGUAAGACAUUUAGCUCACAAUCUUUCAGUUCUGGCAUGAAGGGAGGCAGUGGUGGUAGGACGAGCAGCACAAGGUUUAGUGUUGGGGGUUUCGGAAGUGGUGGUAGGGGGGCCGGCUCAAUGUUUGCUAUGAGUAGUGGUGGUGGUGGUGGUGGUGGUUUCGGUUAUGCUAGUGGUGGUGCUGGUGGUAUGGGUUUCAGUUAUGGAGGUGGUUACGGAGGUGGUUACGGAGGUGGUUUAGGAGGUGCUGGUGGUGGUGCUGGCGGCGGAGGUUUUUGUCCGCCAAUCACAAACGUCCAAGUCAACCAGAGCCUGCUGUGCCCUCUGAACCUUGAGAUCGACCCCAACAUCUCGAAGGUCCGAAGCAAUGAGAAAGAGCAGAUCAAGGGCCUCAACAACCGCUUCGCCAGCUUCAUUGACAAGGUGCGCUUCCUGGAGCAGCAGAACAAAAUGCUGGAAACCAAAUGGAGCCUGCUGCAGGAACAGACCAGCACCCGCUCCAACAUUGAUGCCAUGUUCGAGGCUUACAUUGCAAACCUGCGCAGACAGCUCGACGGUCUCGGCAAUGAGAAGGUCAAGCUGGAGUCAGAGCUGAGGAACAUGCAGGGACUGGUAGAGGACUUUAAGACCAAAUAUGAAGAUGAAAUCAACAAGCGUGCAGCUGUAGAGAAUGACUUUGUGCUCCUCAAGAAGGAUGUCGAUGCAGCCUACAUGAACAAGGUUGAGCUAGAAGCCAGGGUCGAUUCCCUUCAGGAUGAAAUCAACUUCCUCAGAGCUGUCUUUGAGGCGGAACUGAGUGAGCUCCAGGGACAGAUCAAGGACACUUCAGUCAUUGUGGAGAUGGACAACAGCCGUAACCUGGACAUGGAUGCCAUUGUGGCUGAAGUCAAGGCUCAGUAUGACGAAAUCGCCAAACGCAACCGUGCUGAGGCAGAGACGUGGUACCAACAAAAGUUCCAGGAGAUGCAGUCCUCCGCAGGCGCAGCAGGAGAUGACCUUCGCAGCACCAAGAGUGAGAUUUCUGAGCUCAACCGCAUGAUUAGCCGUCUCCAGAAUGAGAUUGAGGCAGUGAAAGCACAGCGAGCCAACCUUGAGGCCCAGAUUGCUGAGGCCGAGGAGCGUGGAGAGUUGGCAGUCAAGGACGCCAGGGCCCGAAUCAAGGACCUUGAGGAGGCCCUGCAGAGAGCGAAACAGGACAUGGCCCGCCAGGUCCGUGAGUACCAGGAGCUCAUGAACGUCAAGCUGGCUCUGGACAUUGAGAUCGCCACCUACAGGAAGCUGCUGGAGGGAGAGGAGGACAGGCUUACCAGUGGUGGUGGAACUGCAACCAUCCACGUCCAGUCAUCAUCCUCCAGUUAUGGUGCUGGCGGUGGCGGUGGCGGUGGCGGCGGCGGCGGCAGCGGCAUGAGCAGCGGCUUCGGCGGCAUGAGCGGCGGCUUCGGCGGCAUGAGCAGCGGCUUCGGCGGCAUGAGCAUCGGCAGCGGAAGCAGCAUGAGCGGCGGCGGCGGCGUUGCGAUGCAACGAGUGUCCAGCAUGUCCAGCUCAAGGCAGUCUCGUUACUAAAUCCAGCAGUUGUCUCUCUCUUCAUUCCUAUUUGUUCUCCACCUCUUGUACCUCCAGCCUCUCACAAAGCUUCCAUAACCCUCAACACCCCUCAAAAUACAGCAGACCCAGGAAUUUAGUCACUGAGGUGCUCCUCCCUUAUCGGCACCACAGAGAGAGUAAGAGAUAACAUCAAA